AUGCCAACUUCUACAGAAGUCACUGUAUGGAGUGUUCAGUCUCCUAGCAUGCGUACCAAUCAAGCAGUGCCCAUAUCAAACAUGGAAAGAGAAUCAUCCAAAAAAGACACCAUACAGGAUAUUGCCUUUAAAUUAGCCGAACAGCAGUUGCAUCUAUUACAAGUGGAAAAUGGUCCUAAGGAGCGAACAGUAUUCGUUUUAGGCAGUAAGGCUGUGGGUAAAACCACGGCCAUUAAUGCAUUUUUUGAUCGAGAAGAUGCCUCCAAACCUACUCUAGCCUUAGAAUAUUCAUAUGGCCGUAGAACCGGCCAUUUGCAGAAACAAAUACUUAAUGUAUGGGAAUUGGGUUCAUUGGAAAAUUCCCAGCAAUUGCUAAAAGUGCCUUUGAAAAGUCAUGGCUUAGUUAAUUUUUCGGCAGUUAUAAUGCUGGAUUUGUCACAACCUCAAAGGCUGUGGUCAGAUUUGGAGAUGGCUUAUGAGGGUCUCAGGCAAAGUUGUGAAGAAAUUAUGGCAACCCAAACUGAUCAAGUUUCUAAUGUAUUAUAUGAAAAAGCUAAAGAACGCAUAAAAAAGGAUCAUCAGGAUAUGUCUACUUUACAGCUAAUGCCUUUUCCUUUGGUUUUAGUGGGAGCCAAAUAUGAUUUGUUUAUGGGUUAUGAACCUGAACUUAAAAAACAUGUCUGCCGUUGUUUGAGAUCUAUGGCCCAUUUAAUAGGCGCUAGCUUAAUAUUUUAUUCAAGUAAAAUCCAAAAAUUAGCCAAAACUUUGCGUGACACUAUAAGUCAUUUGGGUUUUGGCAGUCCCUCAAAUCCUUUUCGCACCCACAAUACCGAUUAUAAUGAUGCGCUGUCUAUAUGGUUUGGCACAGAUUGUUGGCAAAAAAUAUCACCCCUGGGGGCUCAAAAUCUGCAAAGUAUUGAAACGAAUUUUACCACAGAAGUUCCGCAACAACAACAGGCUAGAUUUAAAGAUGUUCUUAAUGAUCCCGCCAAGGAUAUGGGAUUUCGUGAGAGCAUUAUAGAUGAAAUGCGUGCCCAAAAAGAUGAUGAAUUGGAGGGCCUUAUUAAAGAUGCCCAGCUGAGGAGUAAAUUUCAAAGUGUAGCUACUUAAAGGAGGUAAAUCUGGCAAAUAAAUUAAGAAAAAACAUUCACAAUAGUGAACAAACAAAUUCAAACAUUGUAAAAAAUAUAGAAUUGCUGUA